UUCAGUAGCAUUCAGUUUCCAGCGGUGGCAGCAAAUUCAUAGCAAAGCAAAACUUGGAUUUGUUGUGUCAUAAAGUGCAUAAAUUAGUUAAUUGGCAUGUCUAUACCGCAACAAAAGCAAAUUUAAGUUAUCUGGAAUUGGAAAAUCACUUAUUUUAUUGAUUAUUUACAAACAGUAAUCAAUAUUCGCGGAGAACACGAAAACUAAGCAAUGGGAAGUAAAACAACACCCACAACACUUUCGACGUCGCAGCAGUAAUCAAAGUUUUGCGAUCUGACGCAAAAGUCAUAGCUUUUCAAUGACGUUUCUGAACAAACAAAACGGAGUGUAAAAAUUGCUAAAAAUAGCAACAAGAGAAACCACACAACUUGGCUGAAAUCGGUAUAGUCGUAGUUAGAAUUGGGUAUUCGUAGUUUUAGGGAAGAUGAACAGUGAUCCGACGAUGAGUUCAACGUCUACAACGCUUUCGUCGUUAAAUAGUAUCCCCACUAUAUCGGCGGCAGUGUCCAGCACAGGGUUAAUACGAAGUGGAGUCUCAGAAAACGAUGUGAGAGAUGGAGAGAAGCCUGUGAAUACAAUUGAGGUGGUACAACGAAAAUUCAAGGACAAUGAAAAAGUACUAUCGAUUUUCGAGGCCUACCAAAUCAUUGGGCAAGAGCAUCGCAGUCGCUUGUUGGCAUUAGUGGUGUCGGUGGCAGGCGGGACUUAUGCAGUUUUUUCAUUGUCAACUGCGCGUUUACCACCACGCAACGUCAACGACUUGACUAUUGAUAAGGUUUUUGCGUUAAAUGAAACCUUUCAGAUGGGAAGUGACAGAAAGGGUUCAAUAUCGCAAUUGCAAUUCGAUAUCAGUACAGCCGAUGAGCCGGCCGUGAAAUAUUUCUACUACCCGAUCAUAUCUGCGGAGGGCGCAUCAGAUUUCGAAACGUUCCAUGCUCAAAUCAUAUCAGCUAAAUUCUCAAUGAGUCACUCAAGCGUGGCCACAGAUUCGGUAUUAAGUUAUAGCUGGCUCAAUGAUUAUCGACAGAUUGGUGAAGUGAAGCAAGAGUUGAAACGGCGCGAAAAUGAGUACAUCGUCUUUAAAGAUUUUAUAGUUUAUUGUGGAACGUGGAAUGUGAAUAACAAACCGUAUAGCGACUGUCCAUUACACUUAUGGCUAUCGAAUGGCGAUGUACCAGCAGAUAUAUAUGCAAUUGGCUUGCAAGAGCUGGAUACAUCAGCAAAAGCCACGGCGUUUAGUGAAAAUCGUCCCGAUCCGCUAUGGAUAAAUAAAAUGCUAUCGAGUCUACAUAAAGAAGGUGAGUAUGAAGAGUUGACCAGUGUGCGCCUCGUCGGCAUGAUGCUAACCAUCAUCAUACGGAAGCAAUUGCGGCCAUACAUAGCGCGUUGUCGUGUCAAAACUGUUGCUCGCGGCGUUUUCAAUACUCUGGGCAACAAAGGCGGCGUUGCCGUCAGUAUUCAACUGAACGAGGGCAAUAUCUGUUUUGUAAACUCCCAUCUAGCUGCACAUAUGGCUUUCGUUGAAGCACGCAAUGAAGAUUAUGGCGGCAUCGUGCGAGGAUUAAUAUUUGAUGAUGAUCAGAAGCGCACCAUUAACGACCAUGACCACAUAUUUUGGAUUGGAGACUUAAAUUAUCGCAUUGAAGAGCCACCUGGUUUGCAAUUACCAUGUAAUCGUGCUUCUCCAAACGCUUAUGAUAUACUUAUGAGAUACGAUCAGUUGCGCAUUGAGAUGGGCAAAGGUAACUGCUUCGAAGGUUAUUUUGAAGGUCCAAUUAAAUUUCGCCCCUCCUACAAAUAUGAUAUAGGCACAGACAACUUUGACAGCAGCGAGAAACAACGCGCACCAGCUUUCUGUGAUCGCGUACUCUGGAAAGGCGCACGCAUUGAGCAAUUGUCGUACAAUAGCAUAAUGGAAAUACGAAAGAGUGAUCACAAGCCCGUCUAUGCUAUAUUUCGUGUCAAGGUAAAAACCAAGGAUGAGAAACGUUACAAGCGCGUACACGAGGAGGUGCUGAAGCUAGUCGAUAAGCGUGAAAAUGAAAAUCAACCGCAAAUAAAUGUUGAUAAAACCGUUAUUGACUUUGGCACGGUUCGUUUCAAUGAGUUGGCAGUGCGUGAUUUUACUGUCUCGAAUAACUGUCCAAUGCCAGUGGAAUUUAUGUUCAAGGUUAAGGACCCUCCCUUAAAUGACAUUUGCGAAAAGUGGUUGCAGGUAGAGCCGCGUGCUGAUAUGCUAAUGACGGACAGCACCAAGAGCAUACGCGUAAAAUUGUUUGCCGAUGUCCGCUCCAUCACUGGGUUAUUGAAAAAAAUACGCACAACCAACUGGAAAUUCGAUUUUGACAUUUUGAUUUUGCAUGUAAAAAAUGGUCCCGAUAUAUUUCUUACGGUCACUGGUGAAUACAAGCCGAGUUGUUUUGGACUUUCAGUAGAGACGCUUUGCCGAACCGAACGACCGCUAAGCGAUUAUACGCAAACCCAAAUCAAAGAAUUGAUGAACGAUGAAUCACCAGAAUUUCGUGUAACAAUGCCGCGCGAAUUUUUCUUUCUGAUCGACUAUUUACACAAGCAGGGCAACAAAGUGGAGGGAGCAUUCGCAACGCUGGAGUAUAAACAUGCACGUAGCUCGCAAUUUAAUGCUAUACGUGAUUGGUUGGACGCGUGGUCAAAUACUGAGUUUCCCGGUACGCCACAAGCCGCUGCUGAGGCUCUGCUCAUGCUCUUGGACUUGCCAGAGAAGCCAUUGCUGGAUCCGUUCGUUGAAGAUUUAUUGCAAACAAAUACGGCCGCUGAGGCAAUGGAGUUGAUAUCAUUGCUUAGCUCACCACGACGUAAUGUAUUCGUGCAUUUGUGCAUGUUUCUGCGUCAAGGUAUAGAGCGGCAAUACUAUAAUUUGCAACAAGUUGCUAAUGUAUUCGGGCGUGUAUUGUUGCGCAGCACAGCACACGAUGGACGCGAUAUUUAUCGUGAAACGCGCUGCCGCGACUUCAUGCAUCGCUUUAUCAGCAGCGAUAUGGGUGGCACCCUGUCAACUGGUGUUAUCGGUAGCAGCGCGCUGAGUAGCGCUGGCAGAGCUGGCGGCACUGAUGGUGGUGGCGGCGGCGGCGGCGAUGGAAGUGAUCAUGUCAAUGCAAUCGAUUCGACUUAAAUACUUGUACUUGUAUGUGCUUUUGCGUUUAGUUUUAGUUUUUUUUUUUGUUUGUUUUUGUGCAUUUUUCCAUUAGUUCACCGUGAGCAAUAAUUUGCCUUAGCGUUAUAAUACAUUUUUUAGUUCUUAUUUGCAAUUUAGCAUUUAAUAUUAAGCUUGUAUUAUGUGUUUGAAUAUGUGUUUGUGUUUACGAGCAUGCAAAUAUACGUCAAGCCGCGUCAUUUGUUUGCUAUCUACUUGUGUACACAUCAGCAUUUCUCAUGAAAUUUUAUUUGAGAUUUUAUAUUUUCUUUGCUAACAACGAUUAGCGUGCAUUAACGACUUAAUAUACAUACAUAUGCGUACUGAUGUCGUGGAGUAUACUUAAUAUUUUGCAUUUUAAGCACUUAAAACGAACUAAAGCUCUGAACGAAUUUCCACACAAGAAAAAAACUAGUAUAAUAUCAGAAAUGUAAUGUCGUAGGCGCUUCAUGCAAAGCAUUUAAAAUAAUAUGCCGGAAUCCAGAAGCUAUUGCGCUUAUAAAAUCAAAAAUUCGUAGAAUUAACCUUCUUUAUAUGUACUAUAGUGCAUAGAGUGGACCAUAUAUUGUACAUUGGUGUUAAAUAGUUCGCCAGCAAAUUACCAAUUACAUUUACAAACAAAUUACGUGCAUUAAUCACAUUUGAUUACUUUUGGUCUGUUAGUAUCUACUACAAAUAUAAAUAAAAUACACGAAAAUGUUUCGCUUUUACUGCAGCCAAUUGCAAAAUUUUGCCUUGUGUACAUGUUUUUGCUGUAACGAAUGUUAAUUAAAUAUAAAUAAAAUAAAAUAGAGUAAUCGAGAAUCACAUCGUAGCAAUGCGUUUAUAAAUAAACUUAUUUUAUAUUAUAGUUUCCAAUUUAGUCAUAAGUCGAUAAUAGUUAAUUGUCAGUUUGUUAAUAUUGUCGUAAUGUUGUGUAAGUGAAAUGAUUACAAAGUGCAAAAUCUCUGAAUAAACGUUUAUUACUGGAAGCAA